AUGGCGUCGUCGGAUGAUAUGGCCAUGGCGGACCUGGAGACGGGGGAGGAGGAGGAGGUGCUGCGCCGGCUAGGCACGGCGGAGGAGGCGGGCCUCACCGACAACGAGGCCGCCCGACGCCUCCGCCUCCACGGCCCCAACGUCGUCGUCCUCUCGCACCACGAGGGCAGCAUGCUUCAAAGAUUCCUGACGGCGCUCUUCUCGCUCUGGGGAUGGGAUCAUGUCUUCCCCAAGUACAAUAACAUGGUCCGGAUCAUACUUAACUCCAUGUCGUGGGUUACAGUACUGACUACAAUGGUGUCUCUUGCCAUCACCUCAGCUGGCCAAAGAUCAUGCGAGUUGGCCAUCGUAAUUUUCAUAGUAGCUACAAGCCUCAUAGCAUGCUUUAUUGCAAAGCUUGUGUUAGAGCAUGCUAAGGCUCCACUGGAGACCAAGGCCCACGCACCAAGGGCCAAGGUUCUGAGAGAUGGGAGGUGGAGAGAUGUACAUGCAGCAAAUCUGGUCCCAGGGGAUAUCAUAUUUCUCAAGGUUGGGGACAUCGUCCCAGCCAAUGCUCGCGUACUUCGGUUUCAGAAAAUCGACACAAUGACUUGCUGGGCCAAAAGGUAUGUUGAUUGUGCGCAUGGCUUCCUCAUAUACUAUGCUUGGACUGUUUCCUGUGGCCAAGGAACUGCUGUUGUCAUUGCAACUGGCCGUGGCAUUCCCAGAAGCACACUGCGGCUCUACCCACAACGUUAUGCUCGACCUGGGCAGCUUAAAGAAGGAGUCAUGCUUGCUGGCUGCUUCUGUGCUUCCCUGGUACUUGUUGGCACUAUUGCUGAGAUAGUAUUAAGCUCUUUGUUCCAGAAACAAAACUGCAGUGGCAUACCACUCAACGCCCAUUUUAUGCCAUUGAUUGGUGGAAUUCCGAUGCCAAUGCCUGCUUUUCUCUACUUGGCAUUGGCAUUGGGAUCUGUGAGGCUUUGUUUUCUGGGGAUUGCUAGCCGAGGGACAGUUGCACUUGAAGAUCUAGCAAGUGUGGAUCUGCAGCGGGCUAAGCAGAGAUCUCAACAUGAGUUGUACAUCGAACCAAUUGAUGCAGCUAUCAGCCUGGAGGAACGCCUCCUUGAUGAUCCAGAGCAGCUGAUGUUCCAGACUACAUACAUCGAUGAAAGCAAUGGGUCCAAGUGCCGCAUUGUAUUCAAAGGUGCGGCAGUUUGGUCCGCACUUAGACUCGCUUUGGAGUGGCAUGAAGGUCGACCAAGCACAGAUCUUGGAUCGUCGCCGACAACAACCGCAGACCACGAAAGUGCCCUCCUGGCGAUCGGGGACGGGACCUCAACGCUGCAUUUUGGCAUGACUCAUGGAUCCAUGGAUGCCGUUUGUUUUGCUUUCCUCCAGGUAGACUCAUGUUGGGAGUUUAUUGCCCUUCUGCCUUACACAGAUGACCUUAGAAGUGAUAGUGCUGAUGCUAUUGAUAGCCUUAUCGAUCUGGGUUUAGAUAUAAGAGUCCUCACAGAGAGCCCAUUGUCGACCACAAAGCAGGUUUGUGGAAAGCUUGGAAAACUAGGCACCAAUGUGGUACCUGCACAUUCAGUGUUUGAGUUAGCUCGCAAUAACAGAGAAGUCCAUUCAAACAUCAACGGGAUUUCUGAUCUCUUUCCAGAGGACAAAAGCGAUAUAGUAAGAAGAAUAAGAAAUUUCGGUUGUCAUUGUGCAAUGGUUGGGUAUGAAUUCCUUGAUCAUGAUGCCAUAGGAGAAAGCCAUAUUGGAAUUUCAGUUGCUGAUGCAACUGAUUACACAAAAAGUGAAUCUGAUCUUGUUUUGACUCGGACUGCUCUGAUACCUGUUUCUUCGGCUGUACAAAUCAGUAGGAAGAUUUGUCAGAUGAUGAGAAGCUACACUAUAUUCACCAUUUCAUCAACUGUCCAUCUUUUUGGUAUCCGUGUCAUUUUACAUUUAUGGAACUUUGACUUGUCAAGUAUCCUGGCUUUCAUGAUUACCGCUUGUAAUUACUGUACAUCCUUCGCAAUGUUAUUCGAAAGGGUGGAAUUGAACAAGUCACCAGAUAAAUGGAGAGUACAGAAAAUCAUUACAAGCGGUGCUGCUUUUGGAAGCUACAUAGUUCUUACUACAGCCAUUUUUUAUAGGGUUGCAAGAACUGCAAACCCUUUUGCAUGUAAAUUCAAACAUAUAUCACUGAUGGGCAGUGAUGAGGAAAUCAGAGCUGCUUUGUUCCUUCAGAUGAGCACAGUAAACCAGGCUAUUGCACUCUUUGUUCAUUCUGAUGGUUGCUGCAUCAUAAGAUGCCCUGGGCCUUUUGUCACAUUUGCCUUUGUUGUUUCCCAAAUGGUGGCAACGCAAAAAGUUGUCCAUGGCGAUUUGAAUUUUGCACUAACAAAGGGUAUCGGCUGUGUUAGGGCUGGAUUGAUAUGGUUGUACAACUUAGUCCUACUUUUGACCCUGGUUUUAGUUUGUCGCAAAUGGAGACGCACAAAGAUGACUAGUGAAAAGUUGUUGACAAUAUGCAUGCGUUCAGCUAUCCUACACAUAGUUCUUAUCUGGUUUCUGUACGUGAUACUUGAUGUUAGGGUACAUCAGCCGGUCUCAAAUUAG